GAUGCCUUUAGAUUGACGUAAGAUAUUCAUACCUGGUGUUUGCGGCAGAAACUAACACCUUCAGAAGAGCACAAUGAUAGUCUGGGAGAUGUUCCUUAUUCCAGUCUCCCUGGCAGUGACAGCCAUGUCGUCGAAUUGUACACCCCAGAUCCUGGAUGAACCCCCAGGCCAGAUUACGGUUCUUCGUGGUUCCUCCCUGACUCUGUUCUGCAGCGGUACAUCAUGUCAGGGAGGAACCAAGAGUAACACAGUAAUGUUGAACUGGCACUUCUCCGCCAAUGAUUCAGAAAGAUCCGACAGCAGCAAAAUCGCGAAAUGCCACAAUAGACUCUCUGAGGAAAAGAUGUGGUGCAAUCACACAAUAAUAAAUGUCCAAGACAAGGACAGUGGAUGGUACUAUUGUAAAGUCACAUUAAACCGACCUAAAUUAGAGCAAAUCGAUUCCAAUGGAACUCGCAUUGUUGUCGGGAACGAGAUGGAUGCUUUAGUGACUGCAAACCCAGGAACUAAAACCCUAGGUUUUAUAGAUGUGAUUGGGAACAAGACGUUCCUCAUCGUCUCUGGAGUGUCCGCGCUCCUCCUCAUCAUGCUGGUGGUGAUGAUCUGUGUUGUUCAGAGAAGAAGGCGAAGGCACACAGUGGGUGUCAUGUCGUCGAACUGUACACUCCAGAUCCUGAAUGAACCCCCAGGCCAGAUCAAGGUAUUUCCUGGUUCCUCCCUGAAGCUGUACUACACCGUUACAUGCCAGGAAGCAAAGGUGGCCUGCUUCUUCUCCGCCAGUAGUUCAGAAGGAGCCAUCAUCGAAAGAAACUUUACAUGCAUCGAUGAAUCCUCUGAGAUGAGGUGCAAUUACACACUCAUAAAUGUCCAAGUCAAGGACAGUGGAUGGUACUAUUGUAAAUUCUCAAUAGAACGACCUACAUUAUUGCAAGAAGAAAGCGGGAAAACGCGUGUUGAUGUCGCAGGGAACGAGAUGGAAGUGACUGCAAACCCAGUUACCAGAACCCCGGGUAUUGAAGAUGGGAUUCAGAGCAAGACGUUCCUCAUCGUCUCUGGAGUGUCCGCGCUCCUCCUCAUCAUGCUGGUGGUGAUGAUCUGUGUUGUUCAGAGAAGAAGGCGAAGGCACAAAGGGGCCAGCAGGAAGCAAACCAGCGAACCAGCCCCUCUGGUAGCCAGCGGAGUCCCCCCAGAGGCCUUAACACCCCUGAAAGCAAAGUGUCGAGAUGUCCCUGAGCAAGACACAUCACCCUAACUGCCUUCGACGAGUUGGCUGUCACCUUGCAAGGUUGACACCGCCGUCGGUGUAAAUGAAUGGUUAAAAAAAGAUAAUGUAUAUAUAUAUAGCAUUAUGCUCCCACCUCACAGUGUAUUUAAUGGCUGAUAUGUAUUCAUACAGGACCAAAUGUUGGUAUAGUGUUUAUUCAACAUUUAAUGUUUAUUUAGCAUUUACAAUAUUUAAUUAAUAUUUUUGGUGCAAUAUUUCUCCCUUACUUAAUUUGUCUGUAGUUGAAAUAGGCCUUGGAUCAUUGUUACGUGGUGUUCGGAUUUCUUUUUUUUUUUGCGCCUGUAUGUGGAAAACCUUCAAACAGAGCUUUGGAAUGUAUCAUUUGUAUUGAAUUACUCUUUUGAGUGUCUCACUGUGUGCUAGAUAUAAUAAAUGUCAACUACUUUGGAAAAAAUGUGUAAAAGUCCAUUAUAGACAUGAUCAGUUGAUAACUGAGAAAGUCUGUAGCCCUGAGCAGGUAUGUACCCCUGAAUGUCUGUACCCCUGAUA